AUGGCUGAUAUUGAAGACAUGGCAGAAAACAAAACAAAAAUAAAUGAUGAUGUCGACAAAGUAGCUGAUGAACAACCACAACAGGCAACUAUUGAAUCAGCGAUUACUGAAGAAACAAUUGGCAAAGAACGUCAAAAUGAUACUAUUACUAAUAUUCAUACAUUUGUCUUCGAUAUUUUAGCAUUUUUUUCUAAUGUUCAACCAAGUCUCAUUGUUGAAUAUUGUCAAGAAACAAAAAAUGAAUUAGUUCUUUUUUCUAUGAAUUUCGAUCAACAAAAUCUCGAUCUAAUGAUAAAUCUCGAAACAAUCCUAUUUAGUUAUUUACCGUCAAUAGAAAAAGCAGACGAAUGGGAUAAAUUAAAUCUAUUCGAUGAAAAAACUGCUCAAGUAAAAUCGAACUUAAUCUAUCAAACCAAACGAACUGCUGAUUUUUUUCUCACCAUUCAUCAAUCAUUCGUCGAUUGUAUUCAACUACAAAAAGUGCCUAUGCGUUUAAGACACGAUACACAAGAGAUUAUUAAUCCAAAUACAUUGCUACGCUUUAUUCAAGAUACAGAACUAGUUCAACAAGCCGAAGAAACGAUUAUUGAAUGGAUGAAAGAGAUUAACAGUUUCUAUCGAAAGCGAACAUUAGUUCGACAGCUAUCAUCUGAUUCCGGCCCCUUAGACGAAAUCAAAUAUUGGAGAGAACAAGUUGUACAAUUAAAUCACAUCAUGAAUCAACUUCGUCUGCCUUCGAAUCGAGCUGUUAUCUAUCUACUUAAUAUUGCUGCAAGUGCACGUUCGCUGGAGUGGAGAGAAAUCGAUAAGAAGUUAACACAAAGUAUUAAUGAAGCGCGUGAUCAUUAUAAAUUUUUAAUGAUUGUGGCUAAACAUAUUGGGCCACUCUAUCGCAAUGAUCCGCGUGAAAUUCAAGAAACUCUCAACAGUCUUCUCAAUACUAUUGUUCUCAUUAACUCGUGUUCGGAAUUCUAUUCUAAACCAGAGAAAAUUGCUAGUCUACUUGUGUCUAUAAGUAAUCAAAUGGUUAUUUGUUGUAAAGAUUAUUUAACCAAUGAACACACAAUCGAUAUUCGAACACUUGACCGAGACGAGUUGUUGAAACGUAUUGAUUAUAUUCAAAGUUUACAUCAAACAUAUCGAGACUUAUUUUUAAAAACAAAACAAAAAAUUGAAAAUCACUAUUUAAAUAAAACCAAUGAUUACCUUUCAGAAAGCCAUUUGCUUGGUCAAUUUAGUUUUCUUAGUCAACGUUUGUCGAGACUUCGUGAAAUAAUCGAAUCAUUUGAAAUCUAUUCUCUUCUCUCAAAAUCACGAAUGGAUGGUUUUGAACAAAUAACUUCGGUGUAUAAUAAAAUUCGAGCAGAAUUUUUAACAUUUAAAUUUAAUCUAUUCGAUCCGAAUGAUACACAAUUUGAUUUAUUUUACAGCCAAUUAAAUCAUACUCUUUGUGAUAUUGAUCAAAAACUCUAUCAAAUAUUAGAUAAAGAUCUUCAUCGUAUACUUCACUCGCCUUCACAUCAUUCCUUUAAUGCGUUAAAAUUACUCGCACGUUACGAAAAUUUACAUAUAAAAUUUUUUGAUUCGACCGAGUUUUUAAUUGACAUUAUUCAAUGGUACGAAAAAGAAGAACUUGAAAAAGUUAAAAUAAUUUAUAAUCAAUGUCGAACGACGCCACCAAUCGAACGAGAUCAUCCUCCUAUAAUCGGUCGACUCCUAUGGGCAAGACGAAUGUAUCAACGCAUUCGAAUGGCCUAUGUUGAAUUCAUUAAACGAGUUGAAUUGAAAGAUAAUUUAAUUAUGAAAAAAAUUACAGAAAAUUUUCUUAUGAUUGCAAAUGAAUUUUCUAUUUACGAACUUCUCUAUCAUCGACAUUGGUACAAUACGUUAUCUGAUGUUGUCAAUCUCAUGUGUAAUCCACUUCUUGUUCGACAAAAUCUCAUUCGACAGUUAUAUAUUAAUUAUGAUCCAUUUAUUGAUGUUGUAUUACGCGAAUGUGAAUUACUAGCACGAUAUUCAAUUGCAAUGCCAGAUUUAGGAUAUAAAUUGUUAUUAGAUAGAACGAGAAUUCGAUUUUAUUACGAAAGAUUAAAGAAAUUACUCAAAGAUUUUUCCAUCUUAAUGGCUAAGGCACAUCCGACAAGUUAUGAAUUGGUAGAAAAAGUGAUGACACAAGUGGAUAGUACCCUUUCAAUUGGUUUAAAUAAUCUGAAUUGGCUAUCAAAAAAUUUAGAUGAAUUAUUUCUGCCAGCUGAGGAAAAAAUUUCUUUAAUGUCGGAUUUUCUCAGUCAAAUAUCAUCAUUAAUUAUUCAUCGAAUAGAAGAGCCGAUUAAUGAAGUAUCACGUUUUGAAAUCCUUGAAUUUCCUGAUGAUUCAAUUGAUUUUAAACAAUUUGUUCAUGAUAUUCAGCAAGAAAUUAUAUCGAAAGCGGAAAAACUCAAUUCACUUUCAAUGCAAAUCGAAUCAGCUGUUUUACAUGUCAUUCGAAUGUUUUUUGAUAAAGCUGGCUAUAGAUCAAAACCAUUUGAACAGAAACUCGGAGAUAUUGAUCUGAUGCAACUUUCAACAAUGCAACGAUUAACAAUACAAAUGUUUGUUCAAGAUACAACAAAAUCCGUGCGAAAAACAAGAAAUCCAACUCAAUUUAUUCUUCCACCAUCGAACGAAUGGGAACGUUUUAAUGAACUUUGUAAUGAAUUUCUUAGUUCAUUUGAAGCUCGUUUAAUCGAAGCAUUAACAUUAUGUGCUAAAAAUACAUUUGAAAUGAUUAAAAUUCGAGCUAAUCCAACAAUUCAAAUGAAACCUCGAUUAAAAAAACUUCGACUGUAUUCUCUUGAUACCGUCGACGCAAAUAUCGACCGAAAAGACAAUAGAAAACAUCCAUUAAUAUCAACACAUAUUGAAUUACAUUCUUCUAUGAUUAUAUUAAAUCCAAGUAUUGAUGAAAUUCAACAACUCAUGCAUCAUUUAGUGAAUUAUGUUUUAAAUAUUUUUCAUGGCGUACGGAAAUGGGGUGAAGUACGACAUGUUGAUAGUAAACUUAUACACAAUUAUCCAAUGCAUGAUUUUUCGGAUUUAUUACCAACAAAUGGCACUUUAGAAAUAGACAAAAUUCCUGAUGAGAACGAAGAAAAUUCCAGAUAUAUUCAACAAGCCAAAACGUAUUAUAAUACGAUAGCAAAUAAUAAAGAAUUAACUAAAUUAUAUCAAAAUAUUGGAACAUUUUUUGUUGAAAAUAGGAUUCGAUUCGAAAAAGAAUUAGAAGAAUAUUAUGAAUUUCGUGACUUAUGGGAAAUGAAUAAGAUAAAUCAAGCGAAAAAAUUCAUUUUAUCAAAUCCUGCAUAUGCUUCUGUUCGUUCGAUAUUUGCUGAUUUCGAUGACACACGAGAUUCGAUCAAACGAAUAAGCGAAUCAAAAGAUGUUGAUCCAUUGCGAUAUUUAACAACGAAAUUGAAAUCAAAUUUGCUUGAUGAAAUUCGACAACUUGAAUUAAUAUUUGCAAAAUAUAUUCGAAUACACUACCGAAUGAAAUUUUUGAGCAUUAAUGAUUUUUUCAAGAAAACAGAGCCACGGUUAAAUCGGCAAUUAAGAGAUCUCGACGAUGUACGAUUUGUUAUUAAUGCACUUGAUACACUGAAAGAAAAUUUCGUAUCCGUUGACCAUACAAUUGAACCAUUGGAGGAAGUUUACAAUUUAUUCAAACGUUAUUCGAUUGAUAUUCCACAAGAAGAACAAAUGGCAGUUGAAAUGCUUCGCAGUACUCAUGAACGACUUCUAAAACGUGCUAAACAUGUUACACAUGACCUGGCCAAUGCUCAGCAAUCAUUUCUCGACCGUUUUCUAAUUGAUAAAAAACAAUUUCAAGAUGAUGUUGCAGAUUUCGUAGGAGAUUACGAUCAUAAUGGCCCUAUGAUUGAAGGUUUACCAGCUCAAGAAGCAAGUGAUCGUUUAACUAAUUUCGAAUCACGUUUUAAUGAUUUGUGGAAACGCUAUGAAACGUUUGUAGCUGGUGAAGAAUUAUUUGGUUUAGAUAAAACUGAAUAUAUUCAUUUACAAACAAUUAAAAAACAACUCAAUUAUCUUAAACGUCUAUAUGGUCUUUAUAAUGAUGUUAUAAAAACUAUGGAAAUUUAUUAUGAAACAAAUUGGAAAGAUUUUCAUAUUGAGCAAGUUACAAAUGAAAUGCAAGAAUUUCAAAGUAAAAUGAAAAAACUGCCGAAAGGUUUAAAAAAUUGGCCAGCUUAUAGUGAAUUAAAGAAGAAAUUAGAUAAUUUUAACGAAUGUUUACCAUUGCUUGAACUAUUAAUUAAUCCAGCGAUGCAGUCUCGUCAUUGGGAACGAAUAGAAAAACUAGCUAAAAUUGAAAUUCCACAUAAUGAUUCAACUAUAUUCUCAUUAAAACAUGUUAUGAAUGUUCCAUUGAUAAAAUAUCGUGAAGACGUUGAAGAUAUAUCAAUAACAGCACAAAAAGAACGUGAUAUUGAAUCAAAAUUACUUUCGAUAGAAUCCGAAUGGCGUCAAAGAGAAUUUAAAUUCGCGUCACUUAAAAAUCGUGGCGAACUUCUAUUACGUGGACAGGAAACGUCUGAAAUACUUUCAGCUAUUGAUGAUUCAAAUCUGAUUUUAGCUGCACUAGCAUCUAAUCGUUAUAAUACAUUUUUUAAAACUCAACUACAAAAAUAUAUUGCUGAUCUAGCUAUCAGUGCUGAAAUAUUAACAAAAUGGAUGCAGGUGCAAAAUCUAUGGAUCUAUCUAGAAGCGGUAUUUGUCGGUGGAGAUAUUGGAAAACAAAUGCCACAAGAAGCACGACGUUUUGCUAAUGUCGAUAAGACGUGGAUUAAAUUAAUGUCAAAAGCAAAGGAAAAUCCAAAUGUAUUAUCAUGUUGUACAACCGAUGAAACAUUAUUUCCAUUGUUGAAUAAUAUGCUUGAACAAUUAGAGCUUUGUCAAAAAAGUCUAGCUGGCUAUUUAGAAGCGAAACGUGGUGUUUUUCCUAGAUUUUAUUUCCUAUCGGAUCCAGUUAUGCUUGAAAUUCUCGGUCAAGCUUCAGAUCCAACAAAAAUUCAACCCUAUCUCAGUUCAUUUACUGAAGCUGUAAAAUUUGUCGAAUUUCAUACGAAAGAAACUGACCGUAUUUUAUCAAUGAUAACGAGAGACGAUGAGAAAAUUCCAUUGUAUAAAGAUGUCAUAGCAAAAGGUCAAGUCGAAGAAUGGUUAAAUGACUUUAUACGAACACAUCAAAAAACCGUUCAUCAAUAUAUUCGGCGUAGCAUAGACAAAAUGACUUACGACGAUUUUGAUUUAUAUAAAUUUAUUGAACAAGAAAUAGCUCAGUUAGGUCUUUUAAUUAUUCAAAUCGUUUGGACAAAAAGAAGCGAAAAAACAUUACAAGAAGCAACCAAUAAUAAAAAUCUAAUGAAUGAAACAAAUAAAUAUUUCUUAGAUAUGCUCAAUCAAUUUAUUGAUAAGACAACUUAUGAUCUAACGAAAUAUCAACGAUUAAAAUAUGAAACAUUGAUAACUAUUCAUCUUCAUCAGCGUGACAUUUUUCACGAACUCUAUCAAACAGGAAUACGAUCGGACUUAGAUUUCGAUUGGGCUAAACAAUGUAGAUUUUAUUUUCGAGAAGACGAAGAUUUACUUGUCGUGAAAAUUACGGAUGUCACUUUCCCAUAUGACAAUGAAGUAUUAGGAUGUCCAGACCGACUUGUUAUUACACCACUUACUGAUCGAUGUUACAUUUCCAUUGCACAAGCAUUGGCAAUGUCAUAUGGAGCAAGUCCUGCGGGACCAGCUGGCACAGGCAAAACAGAAACGACAAAAGACAUGGCUCGAACAUUAGGAAAAUAUUGUAUAGUACAAAAUUGUUCUGAUCAAUUUGAUUAUCGUGGUCUUGGUAAAACAUUCAAAGGUUUAGCCAUAAGCGGCUGUUGGGGAUGUUUUGAUGAGUUCAAUCGAAUAAAUCUCCCUGUUCUAUCAGUCGCAGCCCAACAAAUUCAAUGUUUAUUACAAGCAAAACGUGAACGACGUAAAGAAUUUCAUUUUACUGAUGGCGAUAAAAUUACAUCAAACGAUACAUUUGCAAUCAUUAUAACUAUGAAUCCUGGUUAUGCGGGUCGACAAGAAUUACCAGAGAAUUUAAAAAUUAAUUUUCGUAGUAUUGGCAAGUGGAACAGCUUCGGCAAUUUUCUUCUUCAUAUACUGUUUCUCGUUUCUAUUGCAGCUAUGAUGGUGCCUGAUAGACAAAUAAUCAUGAGAGUAAAACUAGCUAGUGGCGGGUUUUUGGGCAAUACAAAUCUUGCACAAAAAUUUUUUACACUUUAUAAAUGUUGCGAAGAUCAAUUGAGUAAACAAGUUCAUUAUGAUUAUGGUUUGAGAAAUAUAACUGCUGUUUUGAGAACACUGGGCACAGUAAAACGUACUCGCUCGAAAGAUCCCGAAGAUACAAUUGUAAUGCGUGUUCUACGUGAUAUGAAUUUAUCGAAAUUGAUUGAUGAAGAUGAACCGUUAUUCUUAUCUUUAUUAGAAGAUCUUUUUCCUGAUAUUAAAUUAGAUAAAGAAAGAUAUGAAGAUUUGCAGAAAGCUAUUCAGAAAAAAGUUGAUGAAGACGGUUUAAUUAAUUUUAAUGAUUGGAAUUUGAAAAUUAUUCAAUUAUAUGAAACGCAACGUGUUCGACAUGGAAUCAUGGUACUUGGACCAUCGGGAGCAGGAAAAACAAAAUGUUGUCAAGUGCUAAUGGGUACAUAUAAAAUUAAGCAAUGGUUACCACUAUAA